AAUUGAAUAGCCGAACACAAACGUUAACUAGCUAUCAGAUUAGCCGACAAGUCGGCUUUCAGGCUAACUAGCUAAACUAAAGUUUUGGCAGCUAACUAGCUAAUGUUCGCUAACUAGUUACCAGUAAACCAAACACGACGGUCGUGUAAUUUAGUUAAUUGUCAGCCGUCCAUCGAAGAUUUGACGCCGGUCUUGUAAGUUGGCAUCAACAUAUGCAUUAAUUACAUCUACCAACGCAGUUUUGUCAAUUAGCUAGUUAACUACGCAAAUAUGCUAACUUAACUACUUCCAUUAGAUUGACAGCUUGCUGACUAAUUCUGGCCAGUUUCCUAGCAUGCUAAUGGUAGCCAAUUUAGCUACUUAAUUGCUAUGACUUAGUUUGCCUGUGCCGCCCAGGUAUGGAAGACAUAUUGCCAGGCCAGCUUCCUUUGGCAAAUUGGUUGAGUCGGAUUUUAUCACCAGUCCACGUCGAAGCCCUUGCGCUAAUGUCGUUCAUAUACCUCGGUGCUUACUUAAGGUCAACUACUAGUCUCAGAAGCUAUACAUUGGUUUAGCCCCCUAAAAGAGUCAUGGAAAAGGAUGCUUGUGUAGAGGAGGAUGCUUGUGUAGAGGAGCAGGAGAAUGGUGACACAGUGGUGGUGAAAGACCAAGUGGUCAAGGAAUCAACAGGACCAUCCCCUUACAGAUACACCAAGGAGCAGCUUUUGGAGAUAAAAGAUUUCCCAAUUUCUAAUGAAAGGCCAGACUGUCUUUCUGAAAAAUAUGACAGUGAUGGUGUUUGGGACCCCGAGAAGUGGCAUGCCUCGCUGUACCCCACCUCAGAGUGCAGCUCUCCUGUGGAUGGAUAUAAGAAGGACUUUGUGGAUGAUAGGGUCCCUCUAAAACGUAGAAUUGCAGAUCCCCGCGAGCGACUAAAGGAGGAUGACCUGGACGUGGUGCUCAGCCCCCAGCGUCGUAGCUUUGGAGGGGGCUGUGUUGGCAAUGCUUUGCCUGCACCCACCCGCCGCCCCAUCAGCCCCCUGGAGAAUAAGGAGAACGAGAGUCUCCGGCUGGGUGGGGCGCGGCGCAUUGGCAGUGGCCGCAUCAUGGCGGCGCGAGGCUUCGAGAGGGAACCCCGCAUGGAGAAGGAACGGGACUUCAAAGAUAAGAGGUUCCGGCGAGACUUUGGGGACAAGCGUGUGUUCAGUGAGAGGAGAAGGAACGACGCAGAAGAGGAGCCGGAGUGGUUCUCAGGGGGCCCAACCAGCCAAUCGGAGACUAUAGAGCUCAUUGGCUUUGACGACAAGAUCCUGGAGGAGGACAAGCGCAGACCCAAACGAUCCAGGAAGAGGACUGACUCUGUGAGAGAAGUGGAAUGUAAUGGUGGGCUUGCGGAGGAGCCAGAGCAGGUAGUAAAAGACUCUCACUCUACAGCAGACCAGGAGGUCCCACACCCAGCGGUCCUCCCAGAGCAGACAUCUGGAGACUUUGACUUCAAUGAGUUCUUCAAUCUGGAGAAGACCAUGCCAGGACUGGCCUCUGUAAGUCCUGGGGAGCACUGCAUGUUUAAGAUGAUAGAGGAUGUUCUGGGGGAGGGCCCUGUUUCGGCCAGCCGUUUCAGCCGGUGGUUCUCCAGCAACCUGAGUCCCUCAGGCAGCCACUCCUCCAGCCUGCGCUCCACCCCCCAUGAGGAGCUGGAGAGACUGGCUGGGCAAGACCCCCGCUGCACGUCCCCCAGCCAGAUGGGCCCUGUCCCCUACUUCACCCCCAUCCAGUCAGUGGAGCACCGGGACAAGGUGGACAUUCUGGAGCUGUUACACAAGGCCAAGAUAGACCUGAAGCCUCUUCUCUCCAGCCUCAACGUCAACAAGCAACGGCUACAGCAGAGCACUAACUCUGGUGUAGUGCUCUCUCUUGAGGAGGUGGAGGGAGGCCUGAAGGGGCUGAAGGUGGGCUCUGAGCAGAACCACCAGUCUCAUCGGAAACUGCACCAGAAUCCGCAUCGGGGAGGAAUCAGAGGCAGCACCAGCAGUGGCACGCCCUUCAUGGCUGAGCACUUGGAGCAGGCUCUAACAGGCGGUGUAGGCCCCAGUGCAGGGCCGCCUAGGUCACAGGCCAGAGACCCUGACAUGUCAGCCUUCAACAAGCUGGUCAGCAGCAUGAAGGCAAGUGGAACUCUGCCUACCCACCCCAAAGCCAACCAAGUGAACAGCAACCUCAAUCAGCCCACAGACCCUGCUAUAGUGCCCCUGCCUGAAGCCACAGUGCCUGCCCCAUCGCAGAAGAACGUAUUCCAGGAGCUUCUAGGUGCCCAGGGCCCUCCCCGUAGCGGCUCCCCUACCCUCCACAGCGUGCUAGGCAGCACUGACGCCCCUCCACCCCCUGGGCCUGGUCUUCAGCACAGGGGGCCCUCGCCUCCACUCUUCCUACAGAGGGCUCCUUUGCCUGACUACUUCCAUGGACGCAUGCGGCCACCCGCUGGGUAUCCUGUUGGUGCGGCGCCCAUGAUGGGGGAGCAGUUCCCAGAUAUGCAUAGAUCCCUCAGCCCUGGACAUGGACUCACCCUACACCAGCAACAGAUGAGAGCGCUGUCCAUGGCUGUGGACCAGGCUGACCUGGAGGCUCUGAUUAACCAGCAGGACCUUGCUCUCCAUGCCCACAACGCCUUCCAGACCGGUUACAACAAACUGCCUCCGAACAAGGUCUACCAACACAACAGGAUGAACCGAUCCCCUGGUCCAGGCACUCAUCCUGCAGGCAGACACUCCCCUGGCAACACAGUCACCAGCAUGCUGUCACCCUCUUUCGUGCCCACGUCUGUGAUCCGUAAGAUGUACGAGACGAAAGAGAAGAGUCGAGAUGAGCCAGGUAGUCGUCCAGACAGCAAGGAGGGCCACUCCCAAGAGGACCGGCGCUCUCCCAGUUCUUUUCUGGAUGGGAUAGGCAGUAGUGGUUCUCAGUUGGGAGGGGUGAAGGCCUCCCAGGCUCGCCAGCACGUCCAGGACCGCCCCAGGCCAGGCUCUGCCGGUCAUCCGUGCCCCAUCUACCCGAUACCACUGCUAUCCCACGGACAUGUGCCCAUGGUGCGCCCCCCUCCGCUCCAUCCCAGCCUUGUGCAGAGGAUGCUGGCCCAGGGCAUCCAGCCACAGCAGCUAGGCCCUGCUCUGAUGCAGGCAGGCAUAUUUCCACAGCAUGUUGACCUCGCUCAGCUUCAGGGUUUGCCCCCUGCCCUGCUAGGACAACCCCUCUACCCCCUAGGGGCGACAGGACACCCCCUCUUACCUCCCCGAGCCAGCAAUCACAUGCAGCUAAUGCAGCAUCAACCGAGACCAAUGCAUCCAUCAGUCCCAGGCCACCAGUCGCAGAACCUCGGCCCUCACCGGACGAGCCACUCCCAGCAACAUGGGGGUAGCCCCACUAGUGUGGGGGGAGCUGGUCUGUCUAAGUGGUUUGGCUCAGAUGUGCUGCAGCAGCCCCUUCCUUCCAUGCCUGCUAAGGUCAUAAGUGUAGAUGAACUGGAGUUCGAGCCCUGAGGAGAGUUUCAUACAACCAGAAUGCUGGAUAAAGGAAGACUUCAUUUUUCCCCCUCCUUUCUCCACCUCCCCAUUAACAAAAAAAAAAAAAGGUGGACUUUAAUUUAAGACUAAG